GCCGUCACUCUGCAGGAGAUUGAUGCUGCAGUUACAAUUGUACAGAAGAGGCUGAGUUCAAAAGCUGCUGCUUGAAUAACUGGACUUGAGCAAAAUUGAUUUUAAUCUAAUAAAUGUUUAUAAAUUUUGGUUGGACUAUUUUUGUUAGAAAUCCAAAAGCAUCUGGGCUCUGCAUGGGUGACUUGAAUUCAAAAGGGUUCAAACAUUAUGACUUGGAGGCAGUUUUCAAUUUGCUCCUUCAUGUUGCCUCUUGCAUAUGCCUGCAGAAAAAACUGUCUUUCAACUAUAGUUGACUUUCUCAUAUUCUGCUUUUGAGGCUUUUAUUUUGCAUCUAUCUUGGCUUUUUAUGAAAGAUUUUCACAACUUUAUAAAUAGCCUAAUUAAGAGCAUACUUUACUGACUUUCUUUAGCUUUAUUCUGUCAUGCAGUGCUUAUUUUAUUAGCAAUCGAAUGCAUAUUAAAGCAAGUGUGCAGCUUAACAAAUGGAAAGUGUAAUGUAUGCCAUUCAUCUUGCUCUUCUGACUCCUCAAACUCCCAUGUUUGAGGAUUUCAAGUAUUGCAUUGAGGCUGUAAGACGACUUGUUUCAAUUGGAGACUGAAAAUGGAGGGUAUUUUUCAUAGGACAAAAACCAUUGAGAUGAGUUAUCAGGAUACAUAGAGGGGUGGGCUUCAGGUGACUGCCAACAUUUUUAGGGCCCUAAGCUUAAGACUUAUUAGACUCUGUCAAAAGACAAAUUCAGUUUAAUCAUCCCCUGUAAAUGUGUAACUGUAGAAUAUUCCAUCAACAGUAAGUUGGGAAGCAGGCUCUUCCAAGAGUUUGAAAAGAAAGUAAUCAACUAGCUGUGAAAAAGAGAAAUGCUGCUUUGCUUCCAAAAUUCCAGGAAGAAAAACAAAACAGGACAACCAUAUAAUCAGAACUCAAACCACGAAAAAAAAAUGUUUUUGAGAAUUUGUACAAUUUAAUGCCACUCUAUAUUUUGUUCUAUCCAAGUAUUUGUCUUUUGCCUUGUUUAAUAAAACCUGACAAAUUAAAAAUUAAGUUAUGGACGUUUUACCCUGGAUAAAGAUUUUUGUAUUAAAGACAUACCACCACUGCACAGGGCCCCAUCUCCUUGUUCGCCUAUGCCCCUCAAACUGCUAUGUCCGCCCCUGAGUACAUGAGGUGAAGGUGAAACAGCGACCUCCUGGGUCUUUGCGGUGAGUUUUACUCCAUCUCUGCCUCCGCCUCCUUUCCCCUAGCUGCUUCCACCUCCGUGUUUUCGAUGAAAUCUCAUUUGAUCUGCUCACAAAGUUUCACCAUUGAUCCUAAAAUAAUAACGGAGUUCAAUCUCCGAGCCCGUGAUUUCCUUGUUAUCCGUGUGCGUGAUCUGCGGUGCCGGUGGAGUGCGUGGAUCCAGCAAGCCAACAUUCAGGCACGACCUGCUACGAUCUCAUCAAGCAGAAGUAACUGAUGUGAUCCUCCAGUCUCCCUGCUGACCAUCAUGGGAUGCGGCACCUCUGUUGCCACAGAAACACAGUUGAAGAAACUGGAGACAGAGGAAGCUGUAAGAACCCCUGGCCUGGCUCUGACGAUAAAAGCAGCGGUUUUGAUCCAGAGGUGGUAUCGGCGCUACAUGGCCCGUCUGGAGAUGAGACGCAGGUACACCUGGAACAUCUUCCAGUCCAUUGAAUACGCCGGCGAGCAAGACCAGCUGCAGCUUUCCAGUUUCUUCAGUUUCAUGUUGGACAACUUCACUCAGCUUAGUGGAAAUGGGCCAGACUUGAUCUCCCAGCUGCUGAAUCCCGUGGUAGACCCCUGGUUGGACCGAGAGAUCUGCUACACCUUAAUCCCAGUCCCAGAUUCCUACACUGGACCCCGGAUAUCGUUUCCUCUCUGUGUCUCUGAUACCAACGCUCUCCUCAGUGCCUUCAAGGAGCAGCAGAUUCUACAUGCCAGAUAUGUCCUGCAGCUGCUUUUUGAAGCCAAAAAGCUCCUCAAACAGAUGCCAAACAUCAUCCAUUUGUCAACAUCGUACACAAAGGACAUCACCAUAUGUGGUGAUCUGCAUGGACAUCUUGAUGACUUACUGCUUAUAUUUUACAAGAAUGGGCUUCCCUCUGCUGAGACGCCAUACGUAUUUAACGGAGACUUUGUGGAUCGAGGUAAAAAGUCAGUGGAAGUGGUGAUCAUCCUUUUUGCCUAUUUUCUGCUUUACCCGGACUACAUGCACCUCAAUCGAGGAAACCAUGAAGAUCACAUUAUGAACCUCAGAUAUGGCUUCACUAAAGAAGUAAUGCAGAAGUACAAGAACCACGGCCGUGAGAUUCUUCAGUUGUUCCAGGAUGUCUUCAGCCUGCUGCCCAUCGCUACGGUGAUUGAUGGGAAGGUUCUGAUAGUGCAUGGUGGGAUUUCAGACCAGACGGACUUGGACUUCCUCAGCUCAAUAGAAAGACAUAAGGUCAAAUCUGCUCUAAGGUUUCCCAGGCACAGUUUGGAGCAGCUGGACAUUGGUCAAUCCUGCAGACACGUCAAGAGAAUGAGAUCUGUGGACAGCUCCUGCAGCAGCAGUCGCAGCUACAGCAAGAACCAAGGAACUCCAGGCCAGAGAAAGAGGAGAUGCAAGCUCAAGCGAGACGAUAGCGCUGUCUCUACCUCUUCCUCGUCCUCCUCUUCGUCUUCUUCAGUCUGUUCACCUCAUACUCCCUCCUCGCAGUCUCUUCGUCCAUGCCCGUCCUCCCCGAGCCUGCCGUGUAAAGUCCUCCAGGUGCCUUAUCUGGACUCUCUGUCUUCUGUUCCCCUCCCAUCACCUCCACAGCAUGAACAGGAAUGGAAACAGAUUGUAGAUAUUCUGUGGAGUGACCCUAAAACUCAAGAAGGCUGCAGUCCCAACUCGUUCAGAGGCGGAGGCUGCUACUUCGGCCCUGACGUCACUCAGAGACUGCUGCUUCAACACGGACUGCAGAUGCUCAUCCGGUCACAUGAGUGCAAGCAGGAGGGGUACGAGUUCUGCCACGGCGGGAAGGUGAUCACCAUCUUCUCUGCAUCUAACUAUUAUGAAGAGGGAAGCAACCGGGGCGCUUACAUCAAACUGGGCAGGGAACUGGUUCCACGCUUCUACCAGUACCAAGUCAGCCGCAUAACACGCAAACUCACCCUGACUCAGAGGAUUCGAGCUGCUGAAGGUUCGGCUCUUCGGGCCCUAAAAGAGAAGCUGUUCGCUCAUCGCUCUGAACUCAUGGCAAACUUCCAGCAGCGUGAUCCAAAUAACACCGGUACUGUGUCAGUAUGUGAAUGGGCUCAAGUGUUGGAGUGUGUACUGAGGCUGGACCUGCCUUGGCGGACGCUUCGCCCGCAUUUAGCCCGCCUAGCAUCAGAUGGCAGCGUUGAGUAUCAGUCCUGCUUUGAGGACAUGGAGCCUGGAGCUCCUCUGCCUAAGGUGGCUCCAAACCUCGCUGAAACUUUAUUUAGAUAUCGAACAGACAUUGAAAUCAUUUUCAACAUCAUCGACAAAGAUCAUUCAGGCCUCAUCUCCAUCGAGGAAUUCCGUCACACCUGGCGCCUUUUCAGUGCUCACCUGGGGGUUGCCAUCGACGACCGAGCCAUCGAUGACUUGGCCCGCAGUAUUGACUUCAACAAGGACGGCAGUAUAGAUUUUACAGAGUUUCUGGAAGCUUUCAGAGUGGUGCACAAACUGGACAAAGAUGCACAACUUGGUGAAAAGAAGGACAAGGAGAAGCACAGAUGAAAUGAGGAAGGACGUUAUGCAAAUACCAAAUCUGUUGUGUUAAAAGACAUAGUUAAUCAUUGAUGUGGGGGGAAAUACUUCUCACAGAACUCCUUGUCAGUUGUGUCAUUAUUCUCUAUGAGGUUCACAGGAAACAAUUGGGGCGAAAUUAUAAACUUACGGCGAAGCAUCACAGGACAUUAUCAGCUACUUGUCACCAUCAUAUUACACUAAUACUGGUCAGAUUGCAAUCAUUAUUUUGAUGGAAUUCUUGCCCACUGUUCUUUUCUGAGUAUUUUUUGCAAUGGUGCUAAAAAAGUUUGCCAACAACUUCUCUUAACCCUUUAAUUCCGGGGCUCCAGUGUUUAUGCUCUUUGAUUUACUGUAACUUUUCAACUGUCAACACGAUCAACGUCAUUCCAGUAGAUUCUGAAGGAGAAAAGCGGCUCUCCAUUCUUGUUACUUGGUAUUUUUCUAUGGUAGUCACCUUAUAUGCAGCUCUAUUCACUGCACAUCUUGUCAUUUGACUUCAAUUUAGGCCCUUUAUGGUGAUGUAAAAAAGGUGAGAUCUUGUAUGGAGCCGCAGGUUGAUUAAUAUUGUCUUAAAUUUAUUCCAUAUCUAAUAAUUACUCCAACAGUUCUACCAAAAUGCUUAUGUCUGGUAGAUUGGCUCAGUCCUGUUCAGGCCUCCUCCUUGUAUUUGAUUCCUUUUCAAUUUGUUCUGUCUUUUUGCAUAAAUCCUCAGUAUCUCUGUUUGUAUUUAAGGCACUUUGUCAGAAGUUACUCUUCCUUCUGUUUUAUGUUAUGUCAGCAUUUAUCCCACAAACUAGUUAAUCUCUUCAUCACAUUCAGCAAAUCUUCAAAAAUUGCAACCUUGUGCCAGAUUUUGUCACUUAUCCACAUGUUCACCCACACUUUUCAUGUGUCUUCUGCUCCUCAUUGGAUUACAAUUUUUGCCUUAUUUCACCUGGUUUGGGGUAAAAGGUGGUCCAGUA